AAGCCCGCGACGGAGGCCGAACAGAGCGUGUCGUGCACUAUGUCUCAUUUUGUAAACGGAGACGUGCGAGUCCAGUCGUCUAGCUCGAGCGGGGAUGCGAUCGAGCCGCAUGCGGGAUCUGCGGGAAUGUCAGUAGCUAAUCAGGGUGUGAGCAAUUCCGCAGUUAAAACGGACAAAAUACAACUAGGGGCUCCUGAGAAGAAAGAUGGACAAGAUGCUCAUCUAAGACCAAAUUUUAAUAGGAAAGCUGGGCUGAGGAAACACUUUGGUUCAAUCUCAAGACUUGGUUCAGGGACACAAGUCAAACGAUCUGUUAAAAACGCAUGCUGUGCCUUGUGUGGUGAUGUAAAAUAUACCCCUCCUGCUCGUAAAAAACUAGCUCAUGCCUAUACAGCCAGAUCAAGGCACCCGAGCUGGCCAGGAAGGCUGGAACAGCCCAUUGUUCAUCCUGUGGCUAUGAUGACAGCCAGGCUGAUUAUCUGGUUCAGGAGGCACCUCAAGGUGAAACUCUGCGAUGUAGCCCAUGUGUUUGAUGUGACCUCACGUGACUUCUCGUGCAUUUUGCCAGCGGUGCUGCUGCAAAAGAGGAAGCAUAAAAGAGUGAAAUGCUUCACCAAAGAAUUCAGGUCACUGAUGCGCCUUGAUCCGCAAGGAAAUGGGAAAUGUGGGAAGUGGAUUGGCAGCCAAUCCUGGGAGGUCUGUACUCCAACCAAUAGCUGUGCUUCUCUCUCAUCAGGUAAUCAAGUUUUGGGAUUUUCUGUUGGCGAGCACAUUUUGGACGUAGCAGAAGAUAUUGAGGGGUGGUCUGAGUCUUCAGAUAAACAGGUUUUGAGGAUGCCAGACUGUGAGAAAAUGAAACUGUCCUCUAUUGAGGGGACUGCAUGUGUACCCUUAAAAGAUGGGGAGGUUCAGCAUUGCGUUGAGACUGCUGGUUAUAUGACAGAAGAUUCAAGAGCAUCUUCUGAAAUUCAGGAGUUCAAAGCUGCCCCAGUACACCGUGUGCCCCCUUUGUUACUACGACGUGUUCAUGCCUGCAAUGGUUUUGCUUCUUCCCAGCGUGUUCAACAUGUGGAUUUAGCUGACAACUUUACAGUUAGUGAGGCAGACACAAAUGACAAUUGUCUGGUGGAGAAUGGCUUGAAUAAUAGUUCAGAGGUGGAUGUUAAUUCUCCUGAUUGUUUCUCCUGCCAGAGAACCACUGCUUAUAUGGUGUGGCCCCGUUUGUCCUGUGCCCGCACUUACAGGUCUUGGCCCUUUUCCAGACAUGGGCCUCCUUGUGAAAUGAAGUCAUCGAUCCGUACUGGCCCUCGAUGGAUUGCGACCACAGAGGCUUCAGAAGGCAAAAACAAUGUGAUCAAUAACAUACACAUAGGUUUCAGUACAAGUUCUGAAUGCACAGUUGGGAAGAACAUGAAAGAAAGCCUUAUAGGUUUUGAACCACACAAUGGGAGCGUUCAAAAUAGCCAAGGGCAAGUACAGUCUACAGCACAGAGGGAGAGGGUGCAGGCCCCUCCAACUCUUGAGGAAACUUCAAAAGACCAAUCAAAAUGCCAGAAAAAUCCCGGGAAAGCUUCAGUUAGUAGUGAGGGGGAACACUUCAAGCAUUCCUGCAAUGUAUUUCAGCAGGACCCACCUAGUCUUGGUUCUGUAUAUGAAAUUGAUUCUCAGACUUCUCCAGAAGUCUUGAAUAGUGAGAUGCUAAAUGUGAUUUCUGCUGGGUCGAGCAGUGCUGUGGACACCAAGUCUGUUGAUCUUGGCGAUUACUCCAUGAAUGGGACACAGAGUUCCAUGUCGAGUAAGUGUUCUGAGGAUAAUGAGAAUGGUACAGAGGCUACAACCUUCCAUCUUCCAGAUCCCCUUCCAGACCUCCAACGAAGUGCUUCUCAAACUUUGUCAUGUAUUGUACAUUCGAGAGAAGAACCACUGACCCACACUGUGCUGGUACGUUCCAAUAUGGAACCAAAGCACCCUUCCUCACUGAUGGUACAUCACAAAGAGGAGGAGAAAUCUGAUACUGAUAUUGAGAAUAGAAGGCAAUGCAGCCUGAAUAUUUUGCACACCAAAACUGCUGACCAAAACACUUCUUCCCCAAGCUGCACUGGAGGCAGUAGCUGGGACACACCCUUUAAAACCAUGAUAAACGGAGGUUCCUUUUCCUCUAGUGUGGAAGAUAUCAGUAGCCUGUCUCCUGCCGAAAGACCUGAGGAGGGUGAUGCAGAAUGUUUAUUGCUACAGGACAAGAUGUGUAAGAUUGGCAAGGCAAACAGAAGUCCUCUCCAUGCCCCAAAGGGAUCAGUGGUUACUAGUACCGACCUGGAUGUUGUCCGAGCUUAUGAAGACGAUGCCAUUGUGCUUGAUGUCAUUCAAGAUGACCCAGAUCUCUUUGGGGACAUUAUGGGUACAGCAGGAAAUUUAGCCUCAAACUCUAAUCCAGUUCAGAGAGGAAAGAACAUGUGCAUGCCGACUGACCAGACAACCUUGGCCAGAAAACCCAACAGGAUAGUCUGGGGCUUAAAGUCAGAAAGGAAAAAUGUCCAGACUGCUGGUGAUGCCCAUGUGGAGACUCCUGUUGGUUUUUGCAGAGGGGAUGUGAAUGAACUGGCUAAGGGCUCUAAAAGUCAGCUGGCUUUUGGUAGGAAGUGGGCCCCAGUUAACCCAAUAGUCAAGCCAGAACAGAUAGUUCCAGAUAGUAAUAAUAACCUGGAUAUGAAAGAAAGUACUGAUAUGAAUGUCAGCACAGUGAAUACUGGAUCAACAUGGCUGGUGGACGACGCACGCAACAAUGUUCACACUACUGCUGGGAAAGAUAUCAACGUUGUGAGACCGUCUUCUUAUUGCUGGUACUACUUCAAUGAACGUUACUCAUGUGUGCGGAAUAAUGUGUGCUGGUUCCUUCAUGUGCCCAAGGACAAUGAUGAAAAGUUUUGCAUGGAUAUUAUACAGAAGUUUUGUCGUGUUGGAAGUCCUCCUAUUGUCAAGCGAGCAGUGGAGAUUUUUGUUGCUUAUUAUGGGACCAAUUCUCCUGGUGCGUGUUUCAGUCAGAACAUCGUCAACCAGUUGCUCUCAUCUCUGCUCAGCCUGGCACUGCUCUGGGACCUGCUGUCAGUCAUCAACACGCUCCUCACACACAAGAGAAUGCCUCCUGUUCAGUUUGUGAUGGCUCUUUAUGAACAUGUUCGUGAAAGAGGAAUCCUAAAUUUUGUACCGGAGCUCCUACAUCUCACCUCAAAGAUUACAGAGGUGGGAUGUGUGUUCAGUGUUGAGCAGUGCGAGAUGAUGCAGCUUCAUCUCGAGUCUUUGCACUUACCCAGACAUCAAAUGGACAUUUUCUGUGCAGUAAAAUGCAGGGCUCUGGCCACUAACCCACACACUGCUGAGCUGUCGGAGUUGGCCCAGUCUGUAGUCCAAGUGGAGCUGUGUAAGCAACAAGAGGACUGGCCUGCUCUGGCACGCAUGUUCUGCACUGUGUGUUGUGGUCGUCACAGUGCAGGAGAACUGUCAAGGUUCUGCUGCUGUGUCACCAUGGCACUGCUGAAAGAGCCUAAAGACAAACUGACUCUGCCUUAUGAAAUAUUUGCUGAGUCAGUUUGUCAGGAAGUGCCAUCAGACGAGAUGGUUAAAAGCUUUUUGGGACGAAUUGGAGUCUCACUGAUGUUCAGCUAUCACAGAACCCAAGACUGGACCAAGGGUUUGAAGCUGUUGUGCGUGAUGUCUAGAUUGCAGGUGGAAUUCACAAUGCUCAAAGGGCUCUUUAGCAGUGAAAAUGGAACAUCUCGCUGUCAGCUUGUCACCAUUGCAACAGAGUUCUUCAUUAACAGCGGCAGCAUAGAGGGAGCGCUGAAUAUGCUCAAAGCUAAUGAAUGGUUCGUGAGCUCAAGCACAUGGCCGUGUGAGCAGGCAGAUGUACAGAACCGCAGGAGAGUACUGACUCUGCUCGCUGAGAAGACAUCAUACCGAGACACACUGGAGGUCCUUAUUAACUUGCCUGGGCUCAGACAGCCAGUAGAUGGUGUUCAGAUGAGAGAGUACAACACCAUGUUUAACACACACCUUCGAAGGUGUGUGAUGAACCAGGUGUUGCCGGUUGCUGCGGACACACUCGAAUUCAUGCUGACUCGGGGAAUCCCACCGGAAACAUCAGAACUUCAACACCUCAUCCACAAACUAGGCAAACAGAACAGUUGGAGCCGUGCCAGGACUCUGUUCAAACGUGCUCAUUUUGCAGGUUAUUACUCUGAGGUUGUGUGUGAGAAGGAUUGCUUGUCCCUGCCCUGCUGUCUCUCAGAGAUUGAGAUGACUCUGGCAUUUGAGAUGUUCAUUGCCUGCAUCUGUACAAGCCUUCACAAUUCCAGUAAUGCUUCCCAACCACUGCUUAUCACACUCAAACGGCGCACUGGGAAUGAGGUGGCGAUGGAGAGUUUGUAUCUGGCAGCCGGAAGCCGCCUGCUUUCAGCAGCACUGAUACCAAACCCCAAACUGAGCAUUCGUUAUACAGCUGUCAAUCAGGAGCAGGAGCAGCUUUUUAAACUGGACCGAGGUUCUGCAGCGAAGUGGCUUUCACACAACCGCUGGGCUCAGGGGAUGUGGCCAAGCUCUCAAACACACUCACACAAGCCAAAACUGCCUUUCAAUAAUUGUGAUCCUGAUGGUGUGAACAUGUCAAGUCAACUCUGAAAGACCUUCCGCGGGAAACUGAUUGUCAUGACAUACAGCUACUUCAAACUAUUGUUCUUACAGACUGAUCUGCAGUGAAUUAUUUAAAAUGAAGUUCUUGAAUAUAGAAAAAUAAUUGGCUUGGUUAAAAUGGACUGAUUUGUGUGCUCAGGAAUAAAGAGAGUUUUGGAUGUGUUUUUUCACUGUGAGAGGAUUUGGUUGACUUUUUUUCUUUUUUUUUUCUUGGCGUUUUAAAUUUAUUUUGCUAUUGAAUGUCUUCUUUCGUAAUGUUAGUAAUACAAAACCACUUAGCAAAUGAGCCUCAACACUACAGUUUAUGCUGUACAAGAAACUCAGCUUUUGGCACUUACUUUGCAUAUGCUUGGAAUUAGAUUGAGCUUUUGAUGUUUUUUGUUGUUGUGUGCAGCAGUUUGUUUUAUAGUUAACUAUUCAAACAGAAAAAUGCCCAUUUUAGAAAUGAUGGAUGAAAGGUUUGAGACAUGUGUGAAGUCUGUCUUUUGUGCAUUUUCAAAGAUUGCAGUUUCAGUUUGUUCUGUUUUCAAAUAGUUAUAAAUAUUUGAAAAUAAAUAAGUGAAAUAAUUCAUUCUUAUGCAUGUCAAAGACAAUAAAAAGAAAGUUAUUGACGUAAACAGUUUAGAUUGGAGACAUUUCAGCCA